AUGAAUGAGUCAACAAGUAGUGUGAAAACAAGUUUACCUUAUGACAAUGAUGAAAAUAAAAACCUUUCUUCUCAACCUGUGAAAAAAUACGUGACUUUUGGACCAUAUAUAAUCGGUUCUACACUAGGUGAAGGUGAAUUUGGUAAAGUUAAACUAGGUUGGACCAAAAUUGCUAGUUCCAAUGAAAUACCGAAACAAGUAGCAAUUAAAUUGAUUAGAAGAGAUAACUUAAAAGGCAAUCCAGAGAAAGAAAUGAAAAUAUAUCGUGAAAUUAAUGCUUUAAAAUAUCUGAACCAUCCAAAUAUAAUCAAAUUAGAAGAAAUAUUACAGAAUUCAAAAUACAUUGGUAUAGUAUUGGAAUAUGCAUCAGGAGGUGAAUUUUAUAAAUAUAUCCAAAGAAAGAGACGGUUAAAGGAGAAUAUUGCAUGUAAAUUAUUUUCACAGUUAAUCAGUGGAGUUGGCUAUAUGCAUUAUAAAGGUUUAGUGCACAGAGAUCUUAAGUUGGAAAAUUUAUUGCUAGAUAAAGAUGAAAAUUUAAUUAUAACAGAUUUUGGUUUUGUUAAUGAAUUCUCUUUACAAAAAAGAUUGAUGAACACAUCAUGUGGUUCCCCUUGCUAUGCAGCACCUGAAUUAGUAGUCACCACACAACCUUAUGAAGGUACCAGGGCUGAUACUUGGUCGUGUGGUGUGAUUUUAUUUGCCAUGCUUGCUGGCUAUUUACCAUGGGAUGAUGAUCCAGCCAAUCCUGAUGGCGAUGACAUAGCUAGAUUGUAUCAAUAUAUCACUAGUACCCCAUUAAAGUUUCCUGAUUAUAUUAAUCCAUUAGCAAGAGAUCUACUAAGAAAGAUCUUAGUAGCAGAUCCAAGGAAAAGAUAUACCAUUGAAAGAAUACGGGCACAUGAAUGGUUGGCCAAAUACUAUGAUUUCUUGAGUAUAUCAUCAUAUGAUUGGGAUGUUGCUGGAAAGUUAGGAUCAACAACAUUAGUAUCCCCAAGAAGUACAACAUCGAACCGUAGACCGAAGACAAGACCUCAUUCUAUGAUUUCUAACACACACAAUUCAUUAACAUCCAAAUUUGCAUGGGAAGAGUCUAGAAUUGCUCAGUUAUCGUCAUCAAUGCAUAAAUUAAAUAUUUUAAAAGAGGAUGAUACCGAAGAUAUGACAAAAACACCAAAUGAUGAACCGACUCUCAGUAAUAUAUUAUCUAAAGAUAUAGACAUAAAUCAAAACUUUCCUCCUCAUGAUUUAAAAACAACAAACUUAUCUAAUAAAUUAGUUCAUUCAAAGCCUAGACCUACAACAUUACAUAUUACAAUCAAUCCAUCUUUAGAACCUGUAAUAUUAAAUGAUAAUAACACCACAGUGACUAAUCUACGCAGCGGCAAUAAUAACAAAUACAGUAAAACAUAUUCUAAGAAAAGUUUAAAUCAAUAUGAACCCAAGAAUAUAGCUAUAAUAGACACUAUAAAUGAAAAUAGCUCAAAUAUUGAUACUAGUACAAACAUAAAAAGCUCAUUCCUACCGAUCAAGAACCAAAAUAAUAAAGAAAAUGACUAUAUUAACAUUAAAAGGAACAGUGUUAAUGUGAAAAAUGUCCCAAAUGAUAAUAACCCAUCAAAAAAAAUAAUAAAUAAAAAUAGUAAUAAGAUAAACACUAUUUCGAAAUCCUCUGUAGAAACAGAAUUUAACCCAAAUAAACAUGUAUAUACAAACAAUGAUUCUAAGUCAUCUUUUAAAGCAUCAAGUGAAUCUGUUUCCAUUACUGAAAAGAAGAGGUUUAGUUUCUUGUCUAUCCAUUCAACGUAUAGUUCUGCUAAAUCUAGUUUAAGAUCUGAUGAAAAUGGGAAAACUUCAUCUAGACCAGGAAGAUCUUCUUCUAUAAAUACUAAGCAGAAUAGUAACUCACUGCAUAUUUAUCUGCACCAUCCAAGAAAUAUAUCAUCACAUCAAACUAGAGUAGAUUCUAGAAAUAGUGCAAAAUAUCCAACUGCUUCACCAAGUACAGUAGAUGCAAACGAUACAUACAGAAACACUGGCACAAAAGAAAAUUCUUUUACUCCUAUUGAUAAUAAUCUUAACCACGCAUCAAAUAGUAUAGAUAAUAAAGAAAUAGUAAGUAAUACUAUUAACUCCAAUGCCACAACGAAAAAGAAAAGCAAACGAUCAUCAAUAAUGAUUUCAUCUCUAAAACCAGAUAAAAAGAAAACGGAUGCACCUAUUAGACGAGAUUCCUCAACUGCUAGGAAAGUUAUUGAUUUCUUUAAAAGAAAAAGUACCAUAUUAUAA